AUGACAUUGCUAGUGCUCUUAUAUUCUUUUUAUUAUGUUCUAAGCGGCGAGUGUGGUUGUGGUCGGAUUCGAAAUGUCCGUACCGAUAUUGCUUGGGGCAAACAAACACAUGCGAUAUUAGAUGUUGGAUAUGGUGUUGCCAGAUUUGAUGGCUUUCUCUUUCAAAGAGAUGUACUUGCAAUGUCAUUUGCACUAAAAGAUGAACAUGAAGUUCAUGUACAAUUUGCACUUGAAAGGGGAAUUCCUGCUAUAUCUAUUGUGAUGGACACAAAGAGGCUUCUCUUCCCUGCAAGAGUAUUUGAUGUCGUCCAUUGUGCACACUACAGAGUAUUUGAUAUUGUGAUAAGUCUUUAA